CCCCCUUUCACACACAAAUCAUACCCACCUACUCACUCACUCACUCACUCACUCAUCACACACACACAGAAAUACACACACGUCAUCUCUAAACAUAAAAAACACACUCUCUCCCUGUGUAAUUAUACACACGUGCACAACACACACAAACAUACUCAUGCUUUGUUUCACACUCAAAUGCUCACACACGGUCUUUUACAAAUGCACACACUCUCCCUGCAGAUAUUGGAGUAAUCAGUGAAGACUGUGGGGAUAAAGUAAGAGAAUGCCAGUCCUUCCCAAGUGUACGUAUGAUUUCAACCUCUCUCUCCCCCUUUCACACACAAAUCAUACCCACCUACUCACUCACUCACUCAUCACACACAAACAGAAAUACACACACGUCAUCUCUAAACAUAAAAAACACACUCUCUCCCUGUGUAAUUAUACACACGUGCACAACACACACAAAUAUACUCAUGCUUUGUUUCACACUCAAAUACUCACACACGGUCUCUUACAAUUGCACACACUCUCCCUGCAAAUAUUGGGAGUAAUCAGUGAAGACUGUGGGGAUAAAGUAAUGCUACCAUUGAGAAUUCAAGUCCUUCCCAAGUGUACGUGUCAAUUCAACCUCUCUCCCCCUUUCACAAACAAAUCAUACCCACCUACUCACUCACUCACUCACUCAUCACACAAUUGUCCGGCAUCAUCGCAUACUUGUAAAAUAUGAACUGUUUG